AAACAAUUCCUAUCUUUAUGUUAUUGAUAAACGAAAACGAGGAUUUUCGAAUUGAUAAAAAUGAGAUAGUAUAAAAUUAUAGAUUAUUCCUUUUACGUUUAGUAGUUUAAUGCAUUUUUUCUGAUUUUCAAGAAAAUUUCCUAUUUGUAAUGUGCUGUUAUGACACAAUCACAAAUUAUGCUGAAAAAGUCAUAUUUCACAAUUUAUUAUGAGAUACAGCAAAGCCAACCCAUGGAAUGGAUGCUGCAAGAAUAGAUGUGAGAACGAGCAGAGAAAUACUGUUAACUCUGUAGUCUAUACCGUUAGGUCGAAGUUAUGCCCUACUUUCUUUACUUUCACAUUAUAUCCAACUGUUAACUUACUGGUUUACUUUUCGUAAGGACUUCAAAGCUUAAGGAUGUUAAACAUCUUAGACCUUGGGUUUCUCGGCUUAUCAAUCACCGUCACCUGUACAGGGUUCCUGAUAAGUAACUAUGAAAAGCAUGUGCCUGCAUUUAUAAUAAAAGGUUUCAAAUAUGGUUCCUUUGCUUAUCAAGGCUCGGGAGCCAAUUAUUUACAAAUAAUUGAAAUGCCGAAAGCCUUUUACAGACAUUUCUAUGCAUUUGCAUCUAUGUUUAGUACAGUUACAUUACUUUAUGCAUUCUUGGUGUACUUUACUGGACUAAGUGUUCAUAGCUAUGUUGUGUUCAUAUUGAAGUUGAUCCUGGAGCAAGAACAGCCAUCAGUUUCAGUUGUAGCUGCAUGCAUUGGUCUCGUAUUACUGACAAUACAGUGCAUUAGAAGAUGCUAUGAGACUUACUGUCUGCAAGUAUUUGCCAAAUCCAGUAAGAUGAACCUGAGUCAUUAUUUGGCAGGGCUGGUUCAUUACUUUGCUGUUAUUGUUGCAGCUGUUGGUCAAGCUCCAUUAUUUUGUGGAAAUCAGGAUAGAUCAAAAAUAUUAUGGAUUGAUACUUGGACCAAAAUGAUAUCAAUUCCAUGCGUUUUAAUAUUUCUGUGGGCAGGAUAUGAACAAUAUCAAAGCAAUAUGAUCUUUGCUAAGUUACGGAAGGAUAAAUUGGGUAAUAUUGUAACCGAGUCGCAUAGAAUACCUCAUGGAAGACUCUUUGAAAGAGUGUCAAGUCCACAUAGACUUUGUGAGAUUAUCAUGUAUACUGUAUUAAUCCUCUUAGUACCCACAAGGACAUAUUUUUGCAUUUAUUUAUGGGUAAUCUGCAAUCAGGUACAAACCGCAAUUCAAGCACAUGUAUGGUACAAUAAGACGUUCAAAGAAUAUCCCAAAAAUAGGACCGCUGUCUUCCCAGGGAUUUUGUAAACUUAUUAUAGUUCAAAGCUCUGCAUUUAUCAGACAUACGAGACAAAUAAUUUAUUAAUAUAUUUAUUUUGUUAGUGAUAUAAGUUGAAAAAUAAUAAAUUUGUAAGAACAUGAGAAUUACAGGGUAUUUCUUACAAAUUAAGAAAA